AUGCCCCCGCUUCCGCGCCUCUUCGCCUCCGUCAGACACAUCUGCUCCGGCUCCGCCUCCGAGCUCGCCCCGGUACCGACCGCCGUCUCUGACGCCGCCUCCCGCGCGGCAGCCGCCGUGCUCCGCGCCCCGCGCUUCGAGCCCCGCCUCCUGUCGCUCGUCCCACGCCAACUGCUCUUCGAGCCGAGCUGCGUCCGCCGAACCCUCUCCCGUCUCCUCCCCUCCCCUGAGCCCUCGCUCCGUUUUCUCCUCUUCCUCGCCUCUCACUUCCCCGCCCCUGCCCCCGCUGACUCCCCUGCCCCUUCGCCUCACCUCCCCGGGAUCGACGCCUUCCUCCUCAGCCUCCAGCCACAUCUCGCCGCCGAUGCCGCCGCGCUGCUAGCCUCCCACCUCGGCCUCCACUCCUCCCUGCCCGCACUCAACGCGGCAUCCCGUGCCGCUCUCCGGGCCGCGCGCCCCGACCUCGUCUUCCGCCUCUUUUCCACCUUCUCCUCCUCCCCUGCCUUCCCAGGCAACGCGGACACCGUCGCCUGCCUCGUGCGCGCCUGUGCAGCCGACUGCCGCCCGCUCGACGGCCUCCGCCUCCUUCGGGAUGUUGCACGACGUGGCUCCCCUCCCUCGUCUGCUGCUGCCGCCGACCUUGUCACGUCCUUUGUGGCCAUCGGCAACUUCGCAAAGGUGUCUGAGACGCUCCACCUCAUGAUCUCUGCGGGAUGUCCUCCAGCUACGUUUGUCUACCGGCGUGUCAUACAUGGGCUCUUUGCGCAUGGGAUGGGCGGCGAGGCCCUUCGUGUCUUCAGCGAGAUCAAGCUGCGUGGUUAUGCCAUAGAUGUAGUCACUUACAACACAGCGCUCACCGGUUUAUGUAAAAUGGGCCAUAUUGCCGAUGCCCAGCAGAUGUGGGAUGAGAUGGUGGACAAAGGUAUACAGCCUAGUGAGUAUGCAUAUUGCUCUUUUCUCGAUUACUACUGUGAAGCUGGUGAUUUUGGGAUGGCUCUCAAGGUGUAUGAAGAAAUGCUUGACAAGGGAUUCAAGGAGAGCACGGUUAGCUGUAACAUUAUCGCCAAAGGGUUUUGUGUUCAUAGGAGGGUGGACGAAGCAGUUGGGGUGUUCGAGGGAAUGGUUACUAAAGGGAUUGAACAUGAUGUGAUCACUUAUAACACGUUGAUUCAGGGCCUAUGCAAGGUUGGUAGGUUGGCUGAGGCGAUAGGGAUGUAUCAGCGGUUACUCUCAUCUGGUUUGGAGCCAAGUGUGCAGACCUUCACACCACUCAUUGACACCUUGUGCGAGGAAGGACAGGUUGAUGAUGCUGUUGAAUUACUUGCCUUGAUGCAGGCUAAGGGCUUGGAACCGUUGGAACGUAGCAAUGAUAGUGUCAUCAAUGGGUUCUGUAAGGUCAGGCGGGCUGAUGAUGGUAUGGCAUGGUUGGCUAGCAUGUUGAAGAACAAUCUGAAACCUCAGGAACAGACGUUCAAUUCUUUGCUGGAGUCGCUGAGGAAAUCCGAGCGAAUGGAUGACGCACUGCUGAUUCUGAAUACAAUGCUUAAAGCUGGAUAUGAAUUAGGCAGUUUGGCUUCUGCUAUACUUGUUGAUAAGUUAUGCACAGGCAAUGUAUCUUAUCCUCAAAAGUUGGAGGAUAUUUUGUUGAGCAGCUAG